GUGUACAUUACCCGUUGACUAUUUUCAACAAACCACAAAGAUAUCGGAACCCUAUACCUUAUAUUUGGUGCAUGAUCCGGUCUUAUCGGGGCCUGCCUAAGCAUUCUAAUACGUAUAGAAUUGACACAGCCGGGAUCCCUAUUUGGCAGCGACCAAAUCUUUAAUGUAUUAGUAACCGCCCACGCAUUCAUCAUAAUUUUCUUCAUAGUUAUACCCAUCAUAAUCGGGGGUUUUGGAAACUGACUAAUUCCCUUAAUGCUAGGAACCCCCGACAUAGCCUUCCCCCGAAUAAACAAUAUAAGCUUUUGACUGCUGCCACCAGCACUACUCUUACUACUAUCCUCUUCUUACGUAGAAGCUGGCGCAGGAACAGGUUGAACCGUCUAUCCCCCUCUUUCCGGAAAUUUAGUUCACUCAGGCCCAUCAGUAGACCUGGCCAUCUUCUCACUCCAUCUAGCAGGAGCCUCAUCAAUCCUCGGAGCAAUCAACUUCAUCACCACAUGCAUCAAUAUAAAACCUAAGUCCAUACCAAUAUUUAACAUGCCCCUAUUCGUUUGAUCAGUUAUAAUUACCGCAAUUAUACUACUCCUAGCAUUACCCGUACUCGCAGCAGCAAUCACCAUACUCCUAACAGAUCGAAACUUAAAUACAACCUUCUUUGACCCCUGCGGGGGCGGCGACCCCGUUCUAUUCCAGCACUUAUUCUGAUUCUUUGGCCACCCGGAAGUAUAUAUCCUAAUCCUGCCCGGCUUCGGCAUUAUCUCUAGCAUCAUCACCUUCUACACAGGGAAAAAAAACACAUUUGGAUACACCAGCAUAAUCUGAGCAAUAAUAUCCAUCGCAAUCCUGGGCUUUGUAGUCUGAGCCCACCAUAUAUUUACUGUAGGCCUAGACAUCGACAGCCGUGCCUACUUUACAGCAGCCACAAUAAUUAUCGCAAUCCCAACAGGAAUCAAAGUCUUUGGCUGACUAGCCACCCUCACCGGAGGACACAUUAAAUGACAAACCCCAGUCUAUUGAGCCCUGGGAUUCAUCUUCCUGUUCACCGUGGGCGGUAUAACCGGAAUUAUCCUAGCAAACUCAUCCCUAGAUAUUGUACUCCAUGACACCUAUUAUGUCGUAGCACACUUCCACUAUGUUUUAUCCAUAGGAGCAGUAUUCGCCAUCAUGGGAGGCCUCACCCACUGAUUCCCCCUAUUUACAGGAUAUUCCCUAAAUCAAACUCUAACUAAGACUCAAUUCUGAGUAAUAUUCCUAGGCGUCAACAUAACAUUCUUCCCACAACACUUCCUAGGACUAUCCGGAAUGCCUCGCCGAUACUCAGACUUCCCAGAUGCCUUCACCCUAUGAAACACCAUCUCAUCAAUUGGCUCAACAAUCUCCCUAGUCGCAGUACUAAUAUCACUAUUUAUUAUCUGAGAAGCGUUCACAUACAAACGUAAACCAGCACUCCAACUUGGAAAAAAAACUCACAUCGAAUGACUAUACGGAACGCCCCCCCCACACCAUACCCACACCGAGCCUACUUUUAUACCAAAUAAUACAUAUGCCCCAAUCCGAGAAUAUCUCUCAUAUAUACAGUGGCCCUGACCCGAGAAGAGG